AGCUGCUGACAGUUACAUAUAUCGGACAGAAACAGGGUUAUCUUGAUUCUUCAUCUAAUCUCAUAAAAGUCCAAGGUUGAAUUUUCAGGGCAAAUAAUAAUAAUGACUCGCUGGCACUCGUUGAAUCUGUAGUUGUGUACCCUUUCAAUUUUUUCUGGGAGGUAAUUGAUUGAUGGAUCCAGAAAGGAAUAGCAGCAGCCAAUUCCUUGUUGGGGUUGGUAGUGACCUUGAGAAUUUUGAUUUGUUGGAGAAGGAGACUGAGAAUAAUGAGAACGACAGGACAUGCAGCUACAGAGAACCGCUUCUGAGGAAAAGGACCAACACAACAUCUCAGAUUGCCAUCGUUGGUGCCAAUGUCUGCCCCAUUGAGAGCCUUGACUAUGAGAUUUUCGAAAACGAUCUAUUUAAGCAGGACUGGAGGUCAGCAAAGAAGAGUCGAAUUCUGCGGUAUGUGGUGCUAAAGUGGGCAUUUGCACUUGUCAUUGGGCUUGUGACUGGCCUAGUUGGCUUCUUCAACAACAUUGCAGUCGAGAAUAUUGCUGGAUACAAGCUGCUGUUGACUAGCAGUUUCAUGGCAAAGGCACAAUAUUACAAGGCUUUUGCAGUACUUGCUUCCAUGAACGUAGGUUUAGCAACAGCUGCUGCGGCUCUUUGUGCUUUCAUUGCUCCUGCAGCAGCAGGUUCUGGUAUUCCGGAGGUCAAAGCUUAUUUAAAUGGAAUAGAUGCAUAUUCAAUACUGGCUCCAAGCACUCUUUUUGUCAAGAUUUUUGGUUCCAUUCUUUGUGUUUCUGCCGGAUUUGUAGUUGGUAAAGAAGGCCCCAUGGUACAUACAGGUGCAUGCAUAGCCUCUUUGCUUGGGCAGGGGGGUUCUCGCAAGUAUCAUUUGACCUGGUCGUGGCUAAGAUACUUCAAAAAUGAUCGUGACCGACGAGACUUGAUCACAUGUGGUGCUGCAGCUGGUGUGGCUGCUGCCUUUCGUGCUCCGGUUGGCGGUGUUCUCUUUGCCCUUGAAGAAGCAGCUUCAUGGUGGCGGAGUGCUCUUCUUUGGAGAACCUUUUUCACGACAGCAGUAGUUGCAAUUGUACUGAGAGCUUUCGUACAGUAUUGUGCUACAGGAAACUGUGGCCUAUUUGGGGAAGGCGGUCUGAUUAUGUACGACGUCAGUGCAGCUGACGCAACAUAUAGUGCCCCCGAUAUACUAGCAGUAUUACUCCUCGGUGUUUUUGGAGGAAUUUUUGGAAGUAUAUAUAACUAUUGUGUUGACAAGGUCAUUCGAACCUAUAGCAUCAUUCAUGAAAAAGGUGCUGCUCCGAAGAUCUUACUUGUUAUCACCAUUUCCCUAUUGACGUCAUCCGCUGCUUUUGGCUUGCCAUGGUUUGCAAGGUGCAUCGCAUGCCCUACUGAUCUGACUGUCACUUGUCCUACUGUUGGGAAAACUGGCAACUAUAUAAGCUUCAACUGCCCAUCAGGCUAUUACAAUGACAUGGCCUCCCUCUUUCUGAACACUAACGACGAUGCUAUUCGUAAUCUAUUUAGCACCGAUACAACAAAAGAAUUCCACAUAUACUCUCUUUUCAUCUUCUUUGCUGCUGUUUACAUCCUUGGAAUUAUUACAUAUGGCAUUGCUAUUCCUUCUGGACUUUUCAUCCCUGUCAUACUAGCCGGAGCUUGCUAUGGUCGUCUUGUUGGGAGGUUGUUUGAAUCAAUAUCUAGUCUCGACACAGGCCUCUUUGCCCUACUUGGAGCUGCCUCGUUCCUUGGUGGCACUAUGCGGAUGACAGUUUCCCUAUGCGUCAUAUUGCUUGAACUUACCAAUGACUUACUGUUGCUUCCCCUGGUGAUGUUGGUCCUGCUUAUUUCAAAAACUGUGGCUGAUAACUUUAACAAGGGAAUUUAUGACCAGAUAGUUAAGAUAAAGGGAUUGCCUUAUUUGGAGGCUCAUGCAGAACCUUACAUGAAGCAUUUGGUCGCAAGUGAUGUUGUUUCAGGUCCAUUGGUUACCUUUUCUGGUGUUGAGAAGGUAGGCUGUAUACUGCAUGCUUUGAGGACCACAGGGCAUAAUGGAUUCCCAGUGAUUGAUGAACCACCUUUUUCGGACACUCCCGAGUUGUGUGGUCUUGUUUUAAGGUCCCAUUUGCUUACUUUGCUCAACGGUAAGAUCUUUUCAAGGGAAAGGAUUGUUUGUGGAGAAGAGAUCUUACGCAGAUUUGAUGCAUUUGAUUUUGCCAAGGCGGGAUCAGGAAAGGGACUCAAAGUGGAAGAUCUUGAUAUUGAAGAGGAAGAGAUGGAAAUGUAUGUUGACCUCCAUCCUAUUACAAAUGCAUCCCCAUACACAGUUGUUGAGACAAUGUCACUAGCCAAAGCCGCUAUUCUGUUUCGACAACUUGGUCUCAGGCACUUAUGUUUGGUACCAAAGAGCCAAGGGAGAUCUCCAAUCGUCGGAAUUCUGACACGGCAUGACUUCAUGCCAGAGCACAUUCUGGGGAUCUUCCCUAAUAUCAAGCCUCACAACAACUAGAUCAAGUGCGUUGAUAAAUUCAACAAAAUUUUGAUGGUGCAAUAUGUCCCUUGAUCUGUUUAAUGCUAUCUCGAACUUAUGGAGGAGUGCGAAUGGGCGAGAUUUUGUUUGAAGAAAGUCAAUAGUUAUGCAUGCAACAUGAACUGGAUGAUAAUCUCAGGAAUUACUUAACCCCUCGUGUCUGUUGUUUGUUGAUGGGGCAAUCUUCGUGGAUGUAUAAAGAUCUUUGUAACUCUUUAAGACCUGCCAUGUAGAAUAGAACUGGAAAAAUUCAUUCCGAUGCACAGCCAUUAUUGUACCAAGAAUUUUCCUGUACGUCUCCUUUCGUGUAUAGGCAUUGUUUUGUACACAUUUGAAAAGAACAAAAUAAGAUAUAUGGAUGCUCUUGCCUUGAAGGUCUC